CCCUGAAGGGACAAAAAAUCCUCGAAAAAUAAUCAAAUAAAAAAAAUACAAAUAAUAAUAACGAAAAUGAGGAAAGCGAUUGAGAUGAGAAAACCUAGACAGAUCGAUCGCGUGGACGACAGAAACGAAAUUUGGCAGCAAAAGUGGAGCUUUUCUGUGAUUGUCAAUGCCAUCAUCAUAUUCAUAUGAAUGAAAAGCGCAACCACCACAACCUCCUCCUGGUGAUACCGCUAAUCUCCGCCGCCUCCGCCUAGUUGUCAACGUCUGCAUCUAAUCGGAGAGGAUGGAGCUGGCACAGUUGGAAGCAUUGUGCGAGAGGCUGUACAACUCACAGGACUCGGUGGAACGUGCUCAUGCGGAGAACACUCUGAAAGUGUUCUCCAUGAACACUGAAUACAUUUCCCAAUGCCAGUACAUUCUGGAUCACGCCCUGACCCCCUACGCUUUGAUGCUCGCCAGUUCCAGCUUGUUGAAACAAGUCACUGAACACAGCCUUGCCUUGCAGCUUCGCCUUGACAUAUGGAGCUACCUCAUCAACUACCUUGCCACUAGAGGACCCGAGUUACAGCCCUUUGUCACUGCUUCCUUGAUUCAACUCCUCUCUCGACUCACCAAAUUUGGAUGGUUUGAUGACGACCGUUUCCGCGACAUUGUCAAAGAAUCUAUGAACUUCUUGACUCAGGCAACACCAGGUCAUUAUGCCAUUGGAUUGAAGAUAUUAAAUCAGCUUAUCUCUGAGAUGAAUCAGGCUAAUGCUGGUUUGCCUGCAACAAACCAUCGAAGGGUAGCUUGCUCGUUUAGAGAUCAAUCUCUUUAUCAAAUAUUUCAGAUAUCUUUAACGUCUUUGGGUCAACUAAAGAAUGAUGUCAUUAGUCAAUUGCAAGAGUUGGCGCUUUCUCUUUCUUUGAAAUGUUUAUCCUUUGAUUUUGUGGGGACAUCUAUUGAUGAAAGUUCGGAUGAGUUUGGCACAGUUCAGAUUCCAUCUGGUUGGAAGCCAAUUUUGGAGGAUUCUUCAACACUGCAAAUAUUUUUUGAUUACUAUGCUAUUACAAAGCCCCCUCUUUCAAAAGAGGCAUUGGAGUGCUUGGUGCGACUGGCUUCUAUAAGGCGUUCUUUGUUUACAAAUGAUGCUGCUCGUUCUAAAUUUUUGGCCCAUUUAAUGACAGGAACCAAAGUAAUCCUACAAACAGGGCAAGGUCUUGCAGAUCAUGAUAAUUACCAUGAGUUUUGUCGUCUUCUUGGUCGGUUCAGAGUGAAUUAUCAGUUGUCAGAGCUUGUAAAUGUGGAAGGCUAUAGUGAUUGGAUACGUUUGGUUGCGGAGUUCACUCUCAAAUCUUUACAAUCAUGGCAGUGGGCCAGCAAUAGUGUGUACUACCUUUUAGGGCUGUGGUCUAGAUUGGUGUCUUCUGUUCCAUAUUUGAAAGGUGAUGCACCAAGCUUGCUGGAUGAAUUCGUUCCUAAGAUUACUGAGAGUUUCAUCACAUCGAGGUUCAACUCUGUGCAGGCUGGAUUACCUGAUGAUCUUUCUGAGAACCCCUUAGACAAUGCUGAACUUCUUCAGGAUCAAUUAGAUUGCUUUCCAUACCUUUGCAGAUUUCAGUAUGAAAGCUGUAGUUUAUUUAUAAUAAACAUAAUGGAGCCAGUUCUGCAAAUAUAUUCGGAAAGAGCAAGAGUCCAAGCUAGUGAUAACAGCGACCUUGCUGUGAUUGAAGACAAACUUGCUUGGAUUGUUCAUAUCAUUGCUGCGAUUCUUAAGAUAAAACAGUCUACUGGUUGUAGUGUGGAGUCCCAGGAAGUUUUUGAUGCUGAAAUUUCGGCACGAGUCUUGCAGUUGAUUAAUGUAACUGACAGUGGAGUACACAGUCAGAGAUAUGGUGAAGUAAGCAAACAAAGACUUGAUAGGGCAAUUCUUACUUUCUUUCAGCAUUUCCGAAAGUCUUAUGUUGGGGAUCAGGCCAUGCAUUCGUCCAAGCAGUUAUAUGCCAGAUUAUCAGAGCUUCUUGGCCUUCACGAUCAUCUGUUGAUGUUGAAUGUGAUCAUUGGCAAGAUUGCAACUAACCUUAAGUGCUAUACAGAGUCUGAAGAGGUGAUUGAUCACACCUUGAGUCUUUUCUUGGAUCUUGCAUCUGGAUAUAUGACUGGAAAACUACUUCUGAAGUUGGACACAGUGAAAUUUAUUGUUGCCAACCAUACAAGAGAACAUUUUCCAUUUUUAGAAGCCAAGAGAUGUUCUCGCAGCAGAACGACUUUCUAUUACACUAUUGGCUGGCUGAUUUUCAUGGAGGAUAGCCCUGUGAAAUUUAAAUCUUCAAUGGAUCCACUCCAGCAGGUUUUUCUCAGUUUGGAAUCAACUCCUGAUUCUAUGUUUCGAACAGAUGCUGUCAAGUUUGCACUUGUUGGUUUGAUGCGGGACCUUAGAGGAAUUGCAAUGGCUACAAAUAGCCGCCGAACUUAUGGCCUUCUAUUUGAUUGGUUGUACCCUGUGCACAUGCCUCUACUUUUAAAAGGCAUCUCGCAUUGGACAGACACCCCAGAGGUUACCACCCCAUUGUUGAAGUUCAUGGCCGAGUUUGUGCUAAAUAAAGCUCAACGUUUGACAUUUGACUCUUCUUCUCCCAAUGGCAUACUUCUCUUCCGAGAAGUCAGUAAACUGAUUGUUGCUUAUGGAUCAAGGGUUUUGUCUCUUCCCAAUGCUGCUGAUAUAUAUACAUACAAGUACAAAGGAAUAUGGAUAUGUUUGACAAUUCUGGCAAGAGCCCUUUCAGGAAAUUAUGUCAACUUUGGAGUAUUUGAAUUAUAUGGUGACAGAGCACUGUCUGAUGCACUAGAUGCUUCUCUAAAGAUGACACUGUCAAUUCCUUUGUCUGAUAUAUUGGCUUAUCGAAAGCUAACAAGAGCAUAUUUUGCCUUACUGGAGGUUUUGUUCAACAGCCACCUUACUUUCAUAUUAAACUUGGACACAAACACUUUCAUGCAUAUAGUUGGGUCCCUUGAAUCUGGACUUAAAGGCCUGGAUACGAGUAUCUCAUCACAGUGUGCGUCUGCUGUUGAUAAUUUGGCUGCUUUCUAUUUUAACAACAUCACUAUGGGAGAGGCUCCAACCUUACCUGCAUCUGUCAAUCUUGCUCGUCACAUUGCAGAGUGUCCCAAUCUAUUUCCAGAAAUUUUGAAGACCCUUUUUGAGAUAAUUUUGUUUGAAGAGUGUGCCAACCAGUGGAGCCUGAGCAGGCCAAUGUUGAGCUUGAUACUUAUUAGUGAGCAGAUAUUCUCAGAUUUGAAAGUUCAGAUAUUGUCAUCACAGCCAAUGGAUCAGCACCAGCGACUCUCUUUAUGUUUUGAUAAACUAAUGGCAGAUGUUACUCGAAGCUUGGAUUCAAAAAACAGGGAUAAGUUUACUCAAAACCUAACCAUAUUUCGCCAUGAAUUCCGUGCCAAAUAAUUCAAAGCUAUGUUAAGGAGUUUAAUGUGAGAAGGGUUGAUAUCUGUAUAUUGUCUGUUUGGAGAGUUCCUUUGUUUUGGUGGGCAUCAUAGAAUAUACUAAGAAGAAGCAACUAAGCAGCCACUUUAUGUGAUUUCUUCAUAUAAUCUUGUGUGAGAGAAAUUCAUUAUGGUUCAUGGUGUGGAAGAUCAGGUGUAUAUUUUGUGGUGUUACAGCAUAGUUCUAUUUGUACCCAGGUUUGGGUGAUUCAAAUCCAAGUUAACAGAUAAGAGGAGAUUUGGCAGAUAUGAAGAAGUGGUUAGAACAAAGGGGAAGAAGGGAUUAAGGGCGUAGCGAUUGGGUUAGAAUAUAUUCUUUUCAAAAUACAUGUAUAUUAGUAUCCAUAUUUGUUUUAGAAACAUGUUACUGU